AUGAAUCCCAAUCCAUUCCCUCCACCUACAAGAGGCAGAAGAGGCGAGAGGAGUAAUAACCUUUUUGCCAACAAUGACAGGAACAGGCUGAGGGCAAACUGGAGUAAUAAUCUAGAUCUGGAAGAACAGAAAGAACACAGGGAGGAAGUUCUGCCCAGGCCAUACAGAGUAGAGCCCAGGAUUGAUUACGCCCAGCCAAAACAGGGGCGAAGUCACCACCCUGUCAAUGCUCUAAAUGACGUGGGGGCAUUACAAAGGAUCAGAGAGAUGAUGGAGCCUGAAGCUAGAAGAAGAGAGAGGCCCACCUAUAGGAAGCCAUAUCCGGCUUAUAUCGAUCAAAUGCCUCUAUCCCCGGGUUUUAAGGUGCCAAACUUCACCUUAUUCAACGGAGAGGAUCCCCAUGCUUCAUUAGUUGAGCACAUAGGUAGGUUCUCUGUCCAAUGCAUAGCCAUAGAGAACAAUCCUCUUUUGAAGUUGAGGCUUUUACUUGGUACACCAGCCUGCCAGCUAAUUCUGUUCAAACCUGGGAGCAGAUGGAAAGUGUUCAGGAAGCUCAAAAUGAAGUGCCGAAUCCCUAUGGAAGAAAGUCACUUCAUCCAGAUAGCUCAAGCUGCCCUCAAGAUCUCUCUGAGAAAAAGAUUUGAUGGGAUGUUGUUUGAAGACCUGGCAGAACUGGCAGAUAAAGCAUCCAAGUAUGAGGAACUGCUUAGGGAAGAACAGCAGAAGAGGAACUCAUCCAAAGGCAAGUAUUACAAGUCACCUUCCUCUUCAAUACAUCUAGUUCAGGUAGAAUCAGAAGAGGACGUAGAAUGCUCAGAGGAGGGAGAAGUUGCAGUAGCAGAAAUGGCAAAAUUGAAACAUCCCAUCAGCUGCAAGGCCCUUACUAAGCCACCAAAGGAUCAGAAGCCGCCACCUUUCACAGGAGGGUUUGUUCCAAGCAAACCAACACAGAACAAGAUUUAUUCCUUUGAUCUAACCAAGGUGGAUGCUUUAUUUGAUGAAAUAUUGAUGCAAAAUGCAAUAGAGACACCCCACAGGAUGCCCAAGACAGAAGAGCUCAAGGGCAGGCAGUAUUGCAGGUGGCACAACUCUUGGAACCAUUCUACCAAUAGUUGUGUAGUUUUCAGAGAUGCUAUACAGGAAGGAAUAGCAGCAGGAAGGUUGAAACUGGCGGAGAAAUCUCCUUCAGUCACAACAGAUCCUUUUCCCCAACCACAAGUCAACAUGGUCAACUUAAAUUGGCCAGAACAGAAGAGAAGCAAGCCAACGACAUAA